AUGUACCAGAUGCCGUCCUCAUUGCGAAGGCUAUUUGCAACGAUUUUGGUAUUCUGCGAGCUAAGUGAUGUGUUCGGGCUAUGGCAGAAACAUCUAGAUGCAAUGUCAGGGGACUACCGAUGCAACAGUCCUUCCCCCACGGCCGUGGAACAAAUGGUGCUUAUUGACCUUAGAAAUAUGUUGCAAUCGAUGGGGAAGGACAUAAAGUUAUUCCCACUACCCGAUAUCGACGACACCUAUGACACAGCAAGCGGUAUCCCAUGUGAGAUCUUUGAGGAGGCAAUCAUAUCUCCCCGUGCGGAUGAUGUGGCAUUGUCCGAGUCCUUGAAUAGUGAGCAGAGGGCUGCAUAUGAUGAGAUCAUGGCCGCGAUUGACACGGAUGAAGGCAGUUUGUUCUUUGUGCAUGGACCUAGUGGAACUGGGAAGAAUUUUCUUUACAGGGCCCUGCUCGCUAGAGUACGUAGUGAGAACAAGCUUGCUGUGGCGAAUGCUACAUCUGGUGUUGCCGGCUCCAUCAUGCCCGGUGGAAGAACCGCCCACUCACGCUUCAAAAUACCACUUACUAUUGAGGAUGGUGGAUUAUGUAGCUUCACAAAACAAAGUGGUACUGCAAAGCUGCUGCGGGGAACAUCUCUUAUAAUUUGGGAUGAGGCUACAAUGACAAAGAGGCAAGCGGUGGAGGCUCUUGACAAAAGCUUGAGAGAUAUAAUGGAUCGGCCGGAGCUGCCAUUUGGUGGGAAGACUGUUGUUUUUGGUGGAGAUUUCAGGCAGGUCCUCCCUGUUGUCCGGAAGGGGUCGAGGUUUCAAAUAGUCGAUGCUUUGCUGCGGAGGUCGUACCUUUGGGAUUGGAUGCGGCAUCUAAAGUUGGUGCGCAACAUGCGGGCACAGUGCGACCCAUGGUUUGCAGAUUAUCUCUUGCGCAUCGGUGGUGGAACAGAGGAGGUAAACGGUGAUGGAGAUGUCCGUCUCCCGGACGAUAUAUGUGUGCCUUAUACUGGAGAUGGUAAGGAUCUUGAUAGAUUGAUUGAAUGCAUAUUCCCAAAGCUGAAUGAGAACAUGGCAAGCAAUGACUACAUCACUUCGAGGGCGAUUUUGUCAACACAAAAUGAGCGGGUGGAUAUGAUUAAUAUGAAGAUGAUCAGUAGUUUUCAAGGGGACGAGAUGGUUUAUCAUAGCUUCGACUCUGCAAUUGAUGAUCCACAUAACUAUUACCCCUCGGAGUUUUUUAACACCUUGACCCCAAAUGGUUUACCUCCACACAUGCUAAAGCUUAAGAUCGGCUGCCCAAUCAUAUUGCUUAGAAAUAUCGACCCUGCGAAUGGACUCUGCAACGGAACGAGACUGAUGCAUGCUGGAAAGCGGGUUUUCCUUCCUCGGAUACCCUUAUGCCCAUCAGAUGAUGAGAUGUUCCCGUUCCAGUUCAAGAGAAAGCAAUUCCCUAUUAGGCUCAGCUUUGCCAUGACAGUUAACAAGGCACAAGGGCAAACUAUUCCCAACGUGGGGGUGUACUUGCCCGAACCCGUGUUCGCACAUGGUCAGUUGUACGUUGCGCUAUCUAGAGCAACCGCCAGGUCAAACAUUAAGAUCCUCACACUCCCACCUAAUGCUGACGAAGGCGACAAGGAAGAUGAAAACAAGGAUAAGAAGAAAUCCCAGAAGAAGGACAAGAGAAAACCAAGUGUGAAGGAGAGGAAAAAAAUGUUGGAUAACCAGAAGAAAAAGACACCAAUGAGAAACGGUACAUACACAAAGAAUAUUGUGUAUAAGGAGGUCCUAACGCUAUAG